CUCCCUAGUUGUGAGGCUAUAGCAUGCCUGCGUAGGUAAAUCUAACUAUACGGUCGGCCAUAAGUGGUGAUCACUGUUAUAAACACAUAUAAAAUGUUCACUAGUUGAAAACUACAUGAGGCGAGAUGUCCCAUUGCCUAAAAAUAACGGUCGGUAAUAAUUUAUAUUCAUAAGAAGGCGAGCACGUCGAACAGCAUGUACCUGCCUCUUUUUACGUAUUUGUGACGUCAUUGGGUUUUCGUGGCGGGAAAACAGAAAACCGGGCUCGAGCUAGGGCUCUUGCAGUGACGUCACGCAACGGGCAGCAGCACGUGAUUUGGAACUUACAACUUUUUUUCCCUUUACAGAUUCUACAUCUGAGUGUAAACAUAAUGGCUAAACAGCAGAAGAGAGAGAUUUUUUGACAACAUACAAAGUUAUGUAAACAAACCAAUAGACGGAUACCUUAAAGUGUGACGUUUACAGUUUAGAGAAGAAUUUUUUGUCUUGAACUUAUGGCGGACGAACUGGAUCUGUUUGAUCAAGAGUCUGAUGAUGGAAGUGAGGAGGUUCUGACACCUGCAGAGCUUAUAAGCAAGUUGGAAGAGGCCUGGCUGAAUGAGAAAUUUGCCCCUGAGCUCUUAGAGAGUAAAUCGGAGAUUGUUGAGUGUGUGAUGGAGCAACUGAACCAUAUGGAACAAAACCUUCGGCGAGCACGUACUGGUGAUCUGAAAGUGAGCUUCCAUCAUAUGGAGAUUGAGCGGAUCCGAUACAUGCUUAGCAGCUACUUGCGCAGCCGUCUGGUCAAGAUAGAGAAGUUUUUUCCACAUGUUCUGGAGAAAGAGAAGUCCAGAGGAGAGGAUGAGCCAGCUAGACUUUCACCUGAAGAGUUUGCUUUUGCUAAAGAGUAUAUGACAAACACAGAGAAUUUGCUGAAGAGUGUAGCGCUCCGCCACAUGCCCCCAAAUUUACAGACUGUGGAUCUCCUUAAAUCUGUCCCCAAACCCAACUUGGACUCGUUUGUGUUCCUGAGGGUGAAGGAGCGACAGGAAAACAUCCUUGUGGAACCAGAGACAGAUGAGCAGAGUGAAUAUGCCAUAGAUAUGGAAGUCGGAUCUCAACACCUUAUUCGUUAUCGCACUAUUGCCCCACUAGUUACAUCUGGUGCUGUGAAGCUCAUUUGACAACUAUACGCCAAAACAGGGCUCCACUCCAGAAGCCUUGUGUAUAGAGGUGCAAAACCCUACCUAUACCAAUCACCGGAAAAAACAAAUUUUUUAUUUAUCUUGUUUUGGGGUUUUUUUUUUGUUUUGCUUUCCUCUUGAUUAAAAAAAACAACAACAAAACGACGUGUUGAAUAAUGAUCAUCUGAAACUGCCAAUCGGAGAGUACAUUAGUAAAAUGCAUUGCAAGCUGGAUCCACCCCCAAAAAAAAGUUUCAAGUAAAUCGCUGAACUAUAUCACUGGAUUUAUUGCUGCAAUAAUUAUGGAAAACAUAGAUACUCUGUUUAAGGUGCUUGAUUAGUUCAUCCAAUCUUGGAAUACAAUUACAGCCUGUUUGUUUGUUCUUGUAAAUAUUUUCUUUCCUGGCAAAUUCCUGCCAAUAAAAACUUUAAUGCAAAUGAAA